GUUUAAAUAUGAGUAUUUAUAAUUUUAUUUGUAAUAUUGACCGGAAUGAACCGGCACAAACCGGUAUGUGCCAUCAGUUGAACCAUUCCACUUGCUAAACCGGCACACUGACAUAAACCGUGCCACCGGUUGACAACCUUGCUCUCGUGCGUUAGACGUUAGCUAAUAGCCACCACAUAAAUACCUCUCUUCCUAUCCCCAUUUCCCCACUCCCUUUUUUCAUUUCUCAGUCCCCCAUCUUAGAGGAAAAGGGAAGAGGAGAAGAAAGCUGACGAAAUAUAUCUCUCUCUCUCCCGCCCACCCACCUGACCGUCGAAUCAGCAGCAACAAAGUGUCACCGUCGCCUUCAUUUCUCAUUCCCCACUCAGCCUGCAAAGUGCAACCCACAGAACAACAACAACAACAACGUACGACCCUGGGGGAAAAAACGUUCACUCAAUAAUCCCCACUCAAAAGAAUUUCAUCAUCAUCAUCAUUUAUCUUUUCCGCCCAACCCGCCAAAAUCAAAACCCUCUCCGCUUCAGUUUUUUUUCUUCUUUUCUUUGGGUACCCAAUAUGGCAAUCUGGGUCACCACCGCCAGGAAAUCUGGAGCCACGAUGGCCGCUCGUUGCCUGACGAGGAGAAACAUGGUGAAUGGUGGUGGAAGCUGCUCUGCUUUCCCCAAAUCUCAUCAUUCUCUAAAUGCUCUUGCUGGGAAGAAGGAGAAGGAGAAUUCUUCGUCCUUGUUGGGAUUCUGGAGAUUCAAAUCCACCAAAGCGUCUGCAGCGGCCGCGGUCGAUCAAUUGUAUUCCAGCGACGAAGACGUUACCAAUAACCACCAGGGCCUGGAUUUCCCCGGAGGACACGUGUCGUACACCCGUUCGCUAAACUUCAUCUCCAACUCAUCAACCCAAAACAGAGUCCCCUGCUACAGAGUCCUCGACGACAACGGCGUCCUGAUCCCUGCAGCCGGCGGCGGCAGCAACUCCGGCGACUUCCAAUUCCACCACCACCAACAACCACUGAUCAGCCAGCAAACGGCACUCAAGAUGUACAGAGAAAUGGUGAGGCUUCAGGUUAUGGACACCAUCUUCUACGAAGCACAGAGGCAGGGCAGGCUCUCCUUCUACCUAACCUCCACCGGCGAGGAAGCCAUCAGCGUCGCGGCGGCCGCCGCUCUAACCCCCGACGACGUCGUCAUGCCGCAGUACAGGGAGCCAGGUGUCCUGCUGUGGCGCGGCUUCACGCUGCGUGAAUUCGCCGACCAGUGCUUUGGCAACAAGGACGAUUACGGGAAAGGGAGGCAGAUGCCGAUUCAUUACGGCUCCAAUAAGCUCAAUUACUUCACCGUUUCUUCCCCUCUUGCUACUCAGAUUCCUCAGGCUGCUGGCGUGGCGUAUGCGCUGAAGAUGGAGAAGAAAGAUGCAUGUGUCGUCACGUUUUUCGGCGAUGGUAGCUCUAGCGAGGGAGAUUUUCACGCUGGACUGAACUUUGCGGCGGUGACGGAAUCUCCUGUGGUAUUCGUCUGCAGGAACAAUGGGUGGGCCAUUAGCACCAAUGUGUCAGAGCAGUUUCGAAGCGAUGGCAUUGUGGUAAAAGGACAAGCAUAUGGAAUCGACAGCAUCAGGGUCGACGGGAAUGAUGCUCUUGCUGUCUACAAUUCGAUUCGGGCCGCUCGUGAAAUCGCGGUCAAGCAAGGAAAACCCGUAUUAGUCGAGUUUCUGACGUAUCGAGUAGGACAUCACUCGACGUCCGACGAUUCGACCAAGUACCGCCCCGUGGACGAAAUCGAGUACUGGAAAGUGACGAGAAACCCGGUGAACAGGUUCCGGAAGUGGGUCGAAGGCAAUGGCUGGUGGAAUGAAGGUGAAGAAUCGGAGCUGAGAAGCGCGACCAGGAAACAACUGUUGCAAGCGAUUCAAGCGGCGGAGAGAACCGAGAAGCCCGUCCUGGAAGAGAUGUUCAACGACGUUUAUGAUGAAACGCCGUCGAAUCUUCGCGAGCAACAUGUGCAGCUUCGAGAGACCAUCAAAAGACACCCUGGAGAUUACCCUUCUGAUGUUCCUGUCUAGAACAUGCAUUUUCUUUUGUUGUUGUUGUUGUUGUUGAAUUCGCUAGGAAGAAUCACUAGAUCCCAUGUUUCCUGCUUGGAUAUAUUGAAUUUGUAAAUGAAGUCAUUAUUAUUUC